UUUACCUCUCACCGGCCGCCUCACCGCACGACAGGAACUUGGGAUGAAAACAAAAACGGAAACUUGAAUUUGUCCCAAAAAUGGAGUCAAAAUAAAAAGUAUUGUUAUUGUUUUUUUGAAGUGGUUAGAUAACCCUCCGCACCAUGAUGUCUAACACGACGAGGAGCGGAGAGAUCGUCCACCUGAACGUCGGGGGGAAGAGGUUCAGCACCUCCCGGCAGACUCUGCUGUGGGUUCCUGACUCCUUUUUCUCCAGUCUGCUGAGCGGUCGGAUCUCGACCCUGAAGGAUGAAACUGGAGCUAUCUUCAUCGACAGGGACCCCUCUCUGUUCGCCACCAUCCUCAACUUCCUCCGGACCAAAGAGCUGCACCCCCGCUCCAUCAGCGUGCACAUGCUCAUGCACGAGGCCGAGUUCUACGGCAUCACGCCGCUGGGUGAGGCACGCCGACUCGCCAUGAGACUAGUCCCGCAUCGCCAGACCCUCACCCACAGCGCUGAGGUGGAGGGUCUGGUGCUGUGGAGGAGG